UAGUGUAGUAAUGUAGAGAGCAGUUGUUGUGAGAGAUCGUUGUAACUUGUGAUAAAUGAGAAAGAAAAAGAUGAGACGAAAGAGUAAGAGUGAGUGAGUGAAUGAGUGAGUAAGUGACGACUAAUACACACGUAGCGAGCCCACGGUGGCGGACACUCGCGCUCCGCGGCAGUUCUUACUUGGACUUGCUUCGCGAUAGAUUGUAUCGCUUCUUCGAUUUUCGAUUGAUUCUCACCGAUUGACUGGGAAACCGCGCAUACGCGCGCUGGAUUUAAUUUCCGUCACGUGCAUGCAUUUAUUAACAGUGCCGAAAGUGUAAAAGUGAUUUAUUUAUUUAUUUUUUGAUAAAUAAACUUAUACUUAUAUAUACACCGAAUUUUGGUAUUUUUUAAAUUCACUGGUUCAGACAAGUGAUGGAAAAUAUAUUUGUGAUGCUACCAGUGACAAAUCGUUGUCCAGUUUCUGCACCGUCGAACUAAAUGACUUAUCGACAGCAGCCUGAAGAGACAACGUCAGUUAGAUGAUAAAAACUAAAGUUAAAAACGCAUAACAACAACAGUAACAAAAAAAAAAAGUAAAAAAAUGCCAGUGACGAGAGUAGCGUGUUCAUCCUCGUUGGUAGUUUUUAUGCUGACAUUGGUAUUGCUAAGUGAGCCAAGGCCUAGCAAUGGACUCUGUACAUUCAAGAAAAAUGGUACCUUUGCAAGGUGUCACUAUCUUGAGGAUGUAAAUACGAUAGAUGAAACACCACUUGAAUGGUUGAAAAGUUUAAAAGUAUUAUCUGCUGGGCGGCAUUUAUCCGCAGACAGUGGAGUUUUUGAUAAUCUAACAAAUUUACGUCAUCUGGAUCUUUCAAAUGGUAAAUUAAAAACAAUAGAUCCCAGUUGUUUUCGUCAUCUUCGUAGUUUACGGAGUCUCGAUCUCUCUGACAAUCAUUUGACCCACUUGUCACCUGGUACUCUUGUAGAAUUAGAUCACCUUGAAUCUUUGAACCUAAAGAAAAACUCACUUGAACAAAUUCCUGCCGACAUCAUUAAUCUGAUCGAUUUAAAGUAUUUGGAUAUAUCGCACAACAAUCUUAACUGCGACUGUGAGUUUCUUAAAACACGUGACAGUAUUACUAAGCGCGGCCUUUCAAUAUCGAAAAAGACCGAGUGUAAUGGACCGGAAAGUUUAAAGGGACAGUUAUUGAUUGAAUUAGAAACCCAUCGGGUUUGUAUGAUCGAUGAGGCCGAUAGCCUUGAGGGCAUGCAAAUGGACCAACCGCUAGUCCCCGAAGGCUCGGGAGAAGGUUCCGGCGAUGCUUUUGAUGAACUGGAAGCCGAAGAUAUACCUGAAGAAGACGAAAAAAUAACAAACGAAAGCGAAAUUAAUGGUAACACGACUUCGAUACCCGUCGAAGUAUCUCUGACACCUGAGACUACGACUUCCGGUCCUGGUGAUGACGAUGACGGCAUUUUUUUCACCGAAGAUGCAGACAAACAUACGACAACAACCACCACAACCACGACAACAUCUACUACGUCUACUGCGACGGAAACUGAUGUAGAAACGACGACAGCCACUGAAAAUGUUGAAACAACUGCUGAAGUUGAUAAAGCCGACGAACUGUGGGGUAAAGAAGGUUCUGGUGACGAUGAUGCCGAUGAUCCGUGGAUUAAUGAAGGCUCUGGUGAAGGUUCUGGCAGCGGAAUUCCUCACAUUACUUGGGACGAUGGUGUCUUGCAGCGAAAUCUAGAUGAAACGAACCAAGAAAAUUCUACUGUUUCUGUGUCAACAUCGACUACUACAUCUGGAGGCUUAUUUGAUUCACUGUUUAGUAUACUCUGGGGCACGACUACAGAAUCAUCUCCGACUUCGACUACAGAAGAUUUGGAUCUUGAAGAAGAACAAUUUAUCAAAGCAACUUCAGAAGCUACUUUGCACGAAGAAAAACCUACAGAACGUGAAGAAAAAACUGACAGCGAAGUUAUCACUCCGGUGCACGUGGUUCCAGUUGAUAGCGAGAAUAUUAAACCGCGCGUUCUUGAUGACGGUAAACUCGAGCAAGUAAAGGCAGAAACGCCAGUUGACGUUACUGGUACGACAGUCGACACAAAGGCGUCAGAUGCCGUCGCGGAUACACAACAAACGCAAAAAGGAAUGGGCUCUUACAUUGUGCUAGCUAUUUUGUUGGCUGUACUUGCAACUUUAAUCGCUUUUGCUGCUUACAAAGGAAAUUUCUGCAAAGGCGGACGCAAACGCAAUGAUCACAACGACAAUAUUGACGUUGAAAAUGGUACUGAGUUGAAGGACUUGAGAAAAUCAUUGCUGGAAACAUCGAAUUCGGUUCAACCAAAGAUUGCCACUAAUGGCAACAACAGUAAACCAGAAACUCGCCCGCUAGUUAAGUCCGCAAAGGAAGCUGAUGAUGAUAUUGCUAAGCUACACGAGGAUGAACCCAGUGCCAGGUACAUCGGGACACUGAGCGACUCAACUGUUGAUCCCGUGAAACCCCCCAGGAAAUCUUUUUCCCCGAACGAUUUUGACAAUGAGAACAAUAAAAUGGACGGUACUAAUGAAAAAAUAGUUACUACACCUCAAUUGUCAUCUGAUCCAUCAAUAAUGCGAUAUCCCAGGGUAUCUAAUAACAGAGACAUUAUCACUAAUGGUAAUGGAACUAGUAAUAAUCGUGAUUCACUUUCAUCACUGGGUGGAUCUCCAUCAAUUGGAUCCCAUUCACGUUUGUCUAACUCACGACUUAAUCAUGAUUUACAGCCACCUGCUAGUCCUGGUGCUCAACGGGUUAAGAUAACUCUUCAAGAUAUUCCUGACAGUGUACCGAAAACGCCACUACUAAUUACGAGAACAAAAGCCGGCGAAAACCUAGUCAAGACAUCCUGAAGAUUUUAUUUUUAUUAUUGCACAGUAAAAAACGAAUCGUCAAAGUGUAAAAAAAGCCUGUGUUCAAAUUCUGAGUGUUGAAUUUUUAACACUUUCAUGUGUCAAUUUAACACACAGUAUUUAUCUUGUUUGAACUGAUGCAAUCGAUUGAUUUUUUAACACACAGAAAUGUUAUUUUAUACGAAAGUAACACCUCUAUAUGCUACUGUCAAAUCAACACACAACCCGAGUCAAAAAACAAAUUCUAGUUUAAUUCUCAAAAGUCUCAAUUCCUUUGAUGUUUUAUUUCUCGCCCAGAAAGUAACUCUACUUUAGUACUCAAAAUCUUCAAUGAGAACUAUCAGGUCUGAGCGCGAAUAAUUUAUCGAUUUUUAAUUAUAAGUAAGACCUCAAAAUCCUUAACGAAUGAAAAGUUAUGUUUUGGACUUUGAAAAAUUUUGAAUAGAAAAGGGAGGGGAGAGAAUAAGUCGAAUGAGACUUUUGAGGUUCAAAUGCGGAUAAAAUUAUUCCUGUAUAUUUUGAGUAACUACUACUUUGAGGACUAAACUAGGAUAACUUUCUAUACUGUUGUCAAUCUUCAAAUUAUAAAUUGACUCUCAAAAACCUCAUUGAGAACUUUGAGACUUGAAUCCGACUUUGUUUUUUGACUCGGGAAAAUAUGUUAAAAAUAAUCUCGACCAUCACAAAAGAAUUCUUGGAAAAUUUGAUACUGCUACAUGUACGCGUGUAACUUUUUUAACACUUACGAUAUGUUAAAAUAACAUAUAAAUAAGUGUAAAACGUUCAAUUUACUCACGAUAUAUGUUGAUUUUGACGAAUCUUUUUUUACUGUGUAUUUUUAUCCUCAUUAUUUAAAUUUAUUAAAAUAAUUUAUGUGAUGAUGUUAAGACAUUAUUAUUUUCCAGAGUUUAAAAGUUUUUCUAUAGACUUUUCAGGUCUUAUUUUUUUUAAUUAAUUAAUUAAUUAAUUAAUUAAUUAAGUAAUUAAUUGGGAAAAAAUUAAGACAGAAACUCUUAAAUCCUGGAGACAUAUUUUUAAUUGACUGCCGUGAUUGGGUUAUUAUUUAAAAGCCACGUUGUCGCAGUCGAUUUUAUAAAUUAAGUAGAAAAAUAAUUGUUAAUUUAUUAUCAAUAAACAUUAAUUAUCAAUCGAUUUAUUGAUAAAUAAAUAAGUAUGGAUAUUUUUAAGAUAAUGAGUAUAUUUUUUUUAAUAGAUUAUACAAUAAAUAAAUACUUAUAGAUUUAAUAAAUUUAAAUAAACUCGAUUCCUAUAAAUAUAUAUUUAAAUAAAUUUUAGUGUAAGUCAGAUAAUAGAUUUAUGACAAGGCAUUAUUUAUACUGUUAGUUAUAAAAAUU